CCUUGAAUGCAAGCUAUACCACGAUUCUCUACUCGAGCUCUCAAGAAGCGAAGGUCUGGUGAUCAUGGUUGACGUCCAACAAGCAACACAUGAGUUUACGGAAAACACAUAGCAAUAUGGGAUAUAUACAUCCGAGAGGAAGAUAAAUAGCCCCCAUUGCCGCUCUACAUGGCAAUAAUGAGGCCAGACUCUCGCGAUUUAUCCUACAUUCAGGCAUAUUAGUAUCAUCAUCUAUUCUAUUACUCCACCAGAAACCUGUUCAAAAUCUCUUUCGUCAAACAGGCUUAUAUAUCUUUUAUUAGGUGCUUGAUCUUCCAGCCAGUACUUCCACCCUGACAUCAACCUUGUUCAAAAUGCCCACUUCCCAAGUUCCGUUCCCACCUACCAUUCUGGAAUCAUUCCAAACCGCUCUACCGCGGUACACAGGCGAUGACUUUCAGGGCGACCUCCCCGACGGUGGAAACUCGACAAUGGAGAUGCAGCCGCCUGCGUUUUGGUACAAUCUAGAAAAGUUCUGGGAGACUCGAGGUGGAGAAAAGCUCAAUCAACAUAGCCGUCUCCUUGGACAUUUGGAGAAAGAGUUUAUAUACAAACCAGAGGACGCGAUAAGUCUUCUAGUUGAGGGGGACGUCACGCGUGCUGCAGCUAUGUAUUUACUACAUCCAGUCAACCAAGUCUUGUCUGCCAUCCGACCUGGCAUCAAAUGUCUUUCUGAACACACCACCAAGAACAUUCGAACCGAUGUGUGCUACAAGGUCGGAAACUCUACUGUCGCCGUCGUUGAAUUCAAAAGAAAGGGUGCCAUCAGACCUCACGAAUUUGCGGCGGCCCAGCGCCAGGUCAAAUCAGGCACUCGCGACUGGAAUAAACAACUUGCAUUAGCACAUGAUACGAGAUAUGGUACCUUCUUUGCAGGCAAUUCUCUGAGGUUGAUGAAGCAAGCCAGCAAUUACGCGUACACCGAACGAACACGCCAUGUUGCCUUAUUUGAUUGGAAUUAUCUGGUUCUGAUCAACUUUCAUGAGACCAAUCGCGAUGAAGAUUUUGUCGGGAAUACUUGUCGCAUUCAAAUCAUUGAGGAUCCGGCUGAGAUGCGUCUUGCCCUUCUCGGGUUCUUGGCUAUGGCUGGCUAGAUCUCGGGUACAAAUUUUGGAUGGUUUUGGGAAGAAGAAAGCAUUCCAUUUCUUCUGCUACACUGUGUAUCAUCAUUUUAGAUUUUGCUCAUUUUUCUUCAUGUUCACAGUUCUCCAAUUGGGUUUGAUUUGGGCUUGUUCAAGCACUCUUUUGAUUAUCACAUUGUCUGCGACAGUGUAUCUAAGUAGGUAGUAUAAAAAACAAUAGAAUGCUAGCUGGCCAAUCAGCACUGAAUUGGGCUUUGGGAUUAAUUAUAUAGAUAGCCGUGGACUAGCUAUAGGCUCCCAAUAAGGAAAGUAUCGAUGUUAAGCAUACAAAUCCCUAUUAAAUAAACUUAAAAUAAUAAAUAUUUUAAAUAACCUAUUAGGGUUAUAAAAACCUUUGGCUUACCAAUUCCAUUUUGGCAUUGUUAGCGUAACUCGACUACUAUAUAC